CCUACAGAAGUUGCUCCACUCAUACAUACAAAUGCCUCAAUGGGAAAUGCUUGCUGAAACCAAAUCCUGAGUGUGAUGGGAAAAGAGACUGUGCAGACGGAUCUGACGAAAUGAACUGUGCUUGUGGAAGACAUCAGUUUAAGAAAAACAGAAUUGUUGGAGGUGAAGAUGCAAGAGCUGGAAAGUGGCCUUGGCAAGCAAGUUUACAGAUGGGAGCACACGGCCAUGUAUGUGGCGCAUCUGUUAUUUCCAAUAGGUGGCUCAUAUCUGCUGCCCAUUGCUUCCUGGAUUCCAAUUCUGUGAGAUACUCCCUUCGUUCAGGAUGGAGAGCAUAUAUGGACUUACAUGCUAUUGAUGAAAAGAGCAAUCAUGUAGCUAUGAGAUCAAUCAAAAGGAUUAUUGUCCACCCGCAGUAUGACCAAUCUAUCUCAGACUAUGACAUUGCUCUGUUGGAAAUGGAGAUGCCUGUAUUCUUCAGUAAGCUGGUACAGCCCAUUUGUUUACCCAGCACCUCUAGAGUGUUUGUUUAUGGAACUGUCUGCUAUGGAACUGUCUGCUAUGGAACUGUCUGCUAUGUAACUGGCUGGGGAGUCAUAAAAGAAAAUAGUCAUCUUGCCAAAACACUGCAGGAAGCUCGAGUGAGAAUGAUCAACCAAAGUAUUUGCAACAAGCUGUAUGAUGACCUUAUCACAUCACGUAUGCUGUGUGCUGGAAAUCUUAAUGGUGGUGUUGAUACGUGCCAGGGAGAUUCUGGAGGUCCCUUGGCCUGCACAGGAAAGGGAAAUAGGUGGUACCUUGCUGGCAUUGUGAGCUGGGGUGAAGGAUGUGCUCGCUGCAAUCGUCCUGGUGUAUACACUAAAGUGACGGCACUUUAUGAGUGGAUUCGUCAGAAUACAAACCAGAUAUGCCAAGGAGAAAAUGCAGAUCAUCUAUCACCCUUACGAAAGCUACUUCCUACAGUAGUCUAUCAUGUCCAUCUCUGA